AUGCUGCCUGCACUCAUGAUCCAACCCUUCAGACGUGCUGCAGCAUGGGCUGCUUUUACACUCGCAAUCCUUUCAAAUGAAGCAGGUGCCACAAGCCUUCGACGGGAAGUGAAACGAGCUCCGGUCUGUGGGUUCGCCGAGAAGGAGCCACUCCUGUCCUGUGACAAGUUAGACAAGAUAGCUCCUGGCAGAUCCUGGAAUGUAAAUCAACACAAGGCUUGGGACCAUCUAUGUCAGGACAGCCGAACCUCACCUUACAUGGAGGUGUAUUUGGACCGACGGUUUCGGAAGAACUACCAGCAGGUUUACAAAGAGGAUGGUUGGACAGAUGCUGCCUGGGUGAAUUAUGUUGCAGUGAAGAAACCCGGAGGUGUGUUUGGCAAGCUUACUGAGAGAUUAGUGGAUUCUAUUCAUCGCUUUUCACAGCAUCCAAUUAUCGUUGUGAACUUUGGACAGCAGGCACCGGAGGAGCUCACCGCCGAGAAGUUUCCUCAUUUAGUGCUUCUGCAUGCACGUGGUUUCGAAGACGCUCUUCACAUUUCCUUUAAUUUCAACAAGCUCCGGGCUAUCCUGCUCGCUCAGGCCAAAGUUGGAGCAUCGCUUGAUUCGGAUAUGCUAUUGGUUGGCCCUCAAGCUGAUCAGCUUCUUCAGCGAACUGCAGAGGAGAUCACAGAGAAGUAUCCUUUUCCUAUGAUGCCAACGCAUUUCCUUGAUCGAGAUCCUCGUGAUCAGAAGUUCGGCAAGGGCAACUUCUUGUCGUUCACCUGCAAAAAUUGCCCGGCUGCAACGAUGCGCUGGGGGCAGGCUCAGCCAACUUGGACACAUUGGUCGUUCCCAUUUGUCAGUCGCUGGCUUGGAGCAAAGAUGAGAGGACAGCCUGAACAAGGGGUGCCGACGGAUGAUGUGGCCGAGGACGAGGAUCUUUUGAACGUGGCGUUGUGGAGAGAAGGGGCAACAAAGUCUUGGUGUGCUUUCCAGACAGGAGGCAUCAAUUUUCUGUGGGAGAAUCUGUACCCUCAGCAUCCUCCUGGUCCAUACCCAUACUAUGAGGAUCCUCGCUACUUCCCUGGAGGUGUUCCUGUAGCCUUCUACUUCGGACACGCAGAGAAGGAUCCAGCUCACAUCGACCGUGCGCUGAAGUUCUUAUCGGAUCCUGCCAAGAUGCCACCACCGCGACCAUUUUUUCACAAUAUGACCUUUUAUACAACCUUCGAUGAACUUCGACAGGCAUAUCCAGACCUGAGGUGCACACUCUAG